AUGGUAAACAUCGCCGUCGCUGUCUGCUGUGCUGUUCUGCUACUCGUUAAGGGAUGCUUCUCUCGUACGUUUCCUUUCAUAAUUUGGAGGUGUAUCCGUUCAUGAUAAAAUGUCAUGUUCCCUCCUUUCAUCUUAGUUUUUGGCGUGAAAAGAGUCUUUUGAAUUUUCAAGAUCCACCAUGAAUGCUCAAUGCAUCGCUGAUCCACAUGAAUAAAACCUAGAGUAAAUCCGUAGGUUUACUUUGGAAAAACUCGAGUAGACAUUUUUAAUGAUCCGUUACUAGUGAUAGUGAAUUUAUUGGGGCCAUUUGAAAGCGCAUUACCGGAAAUCAUUUAUUAUAUUAAUUUCCAUAAUUGUGUUAGAUAGCGUAGACGAAAUGAAACACGCCUUACAUUAUAAGCGCAUUACGCAGCGUGCGCAGAAGUACACUAUAAGCGCGUUCUACUCACUGGGAAUUGUUGAACUUAUUUAUUUAAGCAUCCAGGCUACUCCUUUGCGAUUCUUGUUUCAUAGUAUCAAUUUUUGGCUUUGUCAGGGCUGCAUGCCGAAUGGAAAUUUCUUCAGAUAUUUUAAAUCGAAACGCAUUUUAAAAUUUCACGCAAUGAAUAAAAAAUGAUUAAAAAAUGAUAAUAACUUCGUCAGACCAAAAAACAUUGUCAGAAUUGAAGAAACCUUUUCAAGGUAAAAACAUGAAAGAGCAUAAGUUAAAAUACAUGGAAAAUGUUAUGACAAGGGUAUGGUUUAAGGACAGUGUUACUCAAUUCGGUAAGAAAAUGUACUAAAGGAAAAUAACUAGCGAUAUGCAUUUGCACGCGGCAGAUUAAGACUUUAAAGGACCUCGCGAUGGGUGUUGUUCGAGGCUAGUCAGAGUGUUUGCGUCUCCGAAUACUGAAAGGCAAAAAUACUUCAAAUAACUGGAGUGCAAAUGAUUCGGCCGGAGCGUGAGGCGUAUAGCAGCUACAUUCCCUGGACGUUCCAUAACACACAAGUUUCCUUAGGAGUAAAAAGCGUAUUUCACAUUUUUUCCUAAAUAUCAAACGCCGGGAUUAAAAUGCACAGUUCACACGGCGAUUGGUCAACCUGGGGGAACGUGGCAAACAGCGACUUGCAAAAUUAACUGUCGCGUGAGGAAUGGGAGUUGAUCUAACAUGCAUGCCAUCCGGACUUCCAUCAGCGCUUAGACAAGAGCCGGGAGAAGAAGUCAUUUAUUCCACUCCAUACAUAUAGAUGAUGCAGACUGCAAUGAAUGCAGCCUACUCACGAAAAAAGCAGCUGUAAAAAUCGAAACUGUCCAACCUUUCCAGGGGAGACAACGAAUGAUGUUUUUUGGCGAGCCGGCAACCGCAUCAGCCUGAUUGAAGAUGUGAGUUUUCUAUGACAAGUAAACGUUGGACGAUGAAGUAAUUUGCGCCCCAACUGAAUCAGCCAUUCCGUUUAGUUAAAUAUGGAUGUUUGGAAUACGAGAAACCAUGAUUCACCAUUGGAAGCCAGACGAUACUUUCGCGUUAAUCCUGAUUCACUUUGGUAUUAAGGACAAACAUGCACAGAAAAUGUUCUCACGCUAAUUGGACAUGUUUCACAAAUAUACUUUAAUCCUAGCUGUCCAAAUUAUGCGAUUGACGAAUUUACUUCUGAUAAGUCCUCAACACUGACCAAACAUGCUGUUUUAUCCCCCAUCUCUAAGAAAAUGACCAGCCAACUGCACUGAGGCUCGACGUACUCAGCUCAGAUACAAUAAGGGUAGUUUGGGAAUUUCCUAUGGAUCUGAAUCUGCAAUUUGACAAUUUCCGACUCAAUGUCUCCGGAGGUGCCAAGAGAAGCCGGUUAGUGGGCAUGGACGGUAGGGUGCUAGUCAAACAUCUUACACCUUCGACGACCUACAGGAUGACAUUGGAGACCAAAUACACUGGAACAGAGAAAUACAGCCAGCCGGCGGAGGCAACUGCAACCACCUUCGCACGAGGUUCCAUGUCUAUUCUACUUUACUCUCAAACAUGUUCUGCUGUGUAUGUGCGCCUGUAUUACUACUCGCACACACUCUUAGCUUUUGGAUGAUCUCAUUAACUGAUUUGACUCACGCCUCCCCUGCGCACUUUUCGAUAAUUGUUCUGUCCUUUGUCCGAUGCAAGGAACCGACAUGCCGAGAGAACUGACUGCUACGGCGCUCAGUGCCAAUUCCAUCAAAGUCACCUGGAAGGCACCAACGAGUGUGAAUCCAGACACAAAAUAUUAUUUUCUAAAAGUGGGCAAAAAGCACUUUGAAAUCCGUUAUCGGGAUUUUACUGGGGAAUACACGGUCGAUGAUCUGAAAGCCAACCGCCAGUACAAUGUCGCUGUCCGCGUCGGCUACAAGAGCCCAGAUUACAAGGCGCCAGCCGCCGAGACCACUGUGAAGACACAGUCCUCAUGUAAGUCCGCACAUGGUUUCUUAUCAUGAGGCAGUUAUAUGCACCUUAUUUUUUAUUAACUGCUGACCAUACAAUUUAAUGAUUGGAGAAGUAUGUGCAGUUUCCUUUAUGUAUUAAAUGACAUGCAUUUUUACGUCCAAACUCAUGUCUGAAAAGAGCUAUAAUUUUGGUAAAGCGGUAGAGGAUGUUUGCGUGGUGUUAGAAAAACAACCUCUUAUCAAGUCAGCAGAUGUUACAACAGAGCAAAUUGCAUCUUAAAGCAUAGUGUCCACCAUCAAACCCGUGGUAUUCUGCUUCCAAGUGUGGCGUCAAAUUAGAGUGUACACGUAGGUAUACGUAGAGACCGUCAGCUAUGUUGCCGAUAACGUUUGAAACUAGGAAAUGGCCAAGUCUACCUUCUGGUUCUAGAUGAAACAAUCAGUGAAUUACUGGCUAAUCGAAAAACCAGCGACUGCGUCUUAAUGAAUCAGUCAUGAGCAUGAAUUGAAGGCCACUCGUAAAGAUCAAUAAAGGAAUAAAGUCCAACCGCAUCGCAUUAUAUUGAGUGACAUGAGGCAUAGAUAUUGCCUCACUCAUGUGCACAUAGGAAAGUAUUGGCGUUUGAAUGCCUAUUCCUCCGAUUUCAAUUAACGUCCCUGCAUUUCUGCACACCCAAGACCCUACGAUUCUUUCAAUCUACCAAUUGUAUACGUCUGAAUGCAUGUAUACAGAAUCAUGCACAUCUCAUGUGCGUUUAAAGUGCACUCUCAUAUCUGCAGGGGGAAUAAGGCAGAAAGGGAAGACACUCAUAUUUAGAAAGACCCAGGAGUUUCAGGACGUCAUUUAAGGUUUAAAUGAUCUGUAGCAUAUGGGCUAUCCACCAAGCUAGUUGCACAUUUCCAGACCAACAAUGUAACCACUGUGAUGUAAUUUCAGUCAUUUGUAGUGGAAAGGUUUUUAGAUGGGGCCGAACGUUUGCCAAUCUGCUGUGUCAAACUGUCACGAAACAGGAAACCUGACUCAGUUGGAUUUUUCGGCAACUCCGAAAGCACACGGAUUUCACCAUAUCGGAAGAGAUUAGGUGGCGAACUUACGCUAGUCGCGAAUAAGUAACCUCGUGUACAGUCUCACUUUACUGGUAGAGUCAUUUGGUGGUGCUAGUAAUGGGAACUGCUGAUUGAAAUACGUUUCGUAUCAUUUGCCAUUACUCUGUGGCAGGAUCAUGAUUCUGUUUUAUUCUGUCACAUAAUGUUCCUUUGAUUGGGCUGCGGAUAUUGAGGCAUGUUAGUUGUAAGAUGAACAAUCUUGGUUACGUUUCUGGCUACAGGCCUUCUGAUGCAAACAGCUUGCCGCUCUGAAUUAACAAUCUUCUGAAUUAAAUUUUGACUGUUCGUUUAACCCCAGUGCUCACUGUCUGAAACUUGUUCUCUUUUUUCUGACGCUCUUAAGAAUCUUCAGGAUACAGUCACAGGUGUGGUUUCUUGACAUGUGAAAGACAAAAAUAUCGCCCUGGAGAAAAUUUCCCCUUUUCUUCAUUUGGGUUUCAGUACCUUUCAUACAGUUCCUAGCAAAGCAUCAUUUUCAUAUGUAUUCCAGAGGACAGUUGGAUUUUAAUCACUGCAUGUUAAUUUAUCAUUGUGGUUUAAUGCAUAGACCUUGCACUACUCAUAAUAAACUACACAAUCUAUGACUCUGAUUGACUUUCCCUCGAACAGCAACAAUAACCAUUUGGGCGAGAUAUUCCCGUCUGAGACGCCUUGGCAAUAAUAUCACAUCUAGAAAAUCGAUGAGGAUAGUCGUCUGAGGGCCAAAAAACAAGUUGGACUUAAUUCCGCAUUGAUAUUGCUAGGGACGGAACACCUGCGUACGCCUUAAUGCUUAGGGAUCUGGGUCAACACCAGCACAGGCAGCACGUUGGUACGCAAAGGAGUCAUCUGGGCAGUCGUUUAUUUUGGCGUCCAACUUCCAUUUCGCUAAUUCUCAUACGGCAUCCAGGAUGCUGCCUUCGAUAAGGGCCCACGCAAAUAGCUUAAGAAUCUUUGAAGCAUUCAAGGUUUAGGGGUAAUUUAAGAAUGCAUUUAAGUAGGCGAGGGAGAUUGUCAAAGAUACUGGAAGACGUCAGUGAAUUGCUGUUAGGACAUUUUCAGAGGUUACCGAUUACGUGGUAGGACUGACAUACAUGGCUCUCUAGACAGGGCAUGAGAACAGGAACCAUUUGCACUAGGGGUAUUAUGAGCCAGUAUCAGUGAAAUUAAGAUCAGGUUUAAUCUAACGAUUAGGAUCAGGCUACGAAUCGGGGUUAGAUCUAGAUGCAAUUUGGACGACAAGGAAAGUCAAGAUCAAGAUUAGGGCUAAGGUUGGGACUAGUGUUGGCCGCAGAGUUAGGGCUUUGGGUAGGAUUUGGGUCCAGAUGACGGCGGUAGGAUGUUAUUGUCGAUGUGAACAGUAUGGAAUCCGUCUCAGUUAAUGCAAUAACGUUAGGACGUAGCUCGGCCACAAUUCUUCUGCGUUCUUCAAAUUUGUCUAAGUGAACUGUAUAUUUCCGUAAAAGAACUUGAUCUUUUAUACAUUUUUGCGAGGAACUAUUCGCUUAGACGGGUGGCUUUUGUUACUAUGACCUUCAUUAUCCAUAGCAGGGAUUUUGUCGCCGGACAGUCAUUCCGUUCGGCAUUACCAGCCCUUUCUCUGUUUGCUCAUUCGAAGUCUUCAGUUCCGCAUCCAGAGCCCUCCACUUCAUUCUGUGUUGCACAGAGAAGUCCUGUUGAAAAUAAAAAUGUCUCAAAAUCCGGUUACCUUCCAUCCCUUUCGAUCACUGGAGUGAAAGAUUUAUAUGGAUUUGCUUGAUUAUAAUAAAUGCGUCGUUAACAUAUCACAGGCACUGUGGACUCUACUAGAAAAACAGAUAUAUACAUAUUCGACGACAAAGCCCCACCCAUCGUACCGCCAGCAUGUGGUCUUUGGCCUUUUUGGUAGACCGCCUCUCCGUAGAGGCCAGUUCUUUCUGAUGCAAACAACUGCAGCUACUGACGAUUGAUUUCGCCAACCAGCUUUGUAUCCCGAUUAAAGUCAAAGUAAAUUUCAUCAUAAAGCGGACCAUGUUCCUCUUCGCCACUGACUGCUCCAUCUUCGGGCUGACCAUUAACACGAACUGAACGGAAAAAAAUGUAGCCACGCAUUACGUAGCACCAGAAAUUUCAUAAAUGGAAACCGACACUUAUUUGUGGGUGCGUUCGCCUAACUAGGCAGCGUCAUCUCAAACGCCAGAAAGAUAGACGAUAAACUAGCACAGCAUGUCUCCAAAGUCACUCAAGCCUUCGCCUGACAAAGAAAAGUUUCGCCCGAAGUGCCACGAAUUUCAAAUCAGCAUGCCUUUAGGAAACAAGCACAGCAGCACGUCGUUGAUCACUUAUUAAAAUAACUUUUUACUUCUGAAACCAGGCCUGUAGCGCAUAGUCCAGAGGCGGCUGCAUAAACGCUCUCUAUAACCUACAAAAUUGUCUCCAUCUUGUUUGACAAAGGUUCUGCGUACUACCGUCAAAGUUGACGUUGCCGACACUGCGACUUCGGAAUAGUGUGUUGUUUCGCUUAUAUCGUCCUUGGCGAAUACUGUAAAGCCUUUUUGCGCAUUCAAGUUUUUUGUGGUUGAUUUUUUAACAUAUGACGUAUUGAAGGUAUAUUAUUUGCUCGUCUCGCUGACAUAAUGCGCAUAACCUAACAUUCGUCGACACGGAACUUCACGCACCAGAACGCGUCACAUAUCUGCAGACUUCCCAUAGCCCAUCUCAGUUUCCGGGAGUCUUUGUCAUCUUUUAUUACCCUCAGCAGUUUAAGAUCAUUUGCAAAGGGCGCUUUAUAGGACUUCACUUUUAGGCUAUAAAGGUGGAUGAUAAACAGGAGCGACAGGAGAACUGACUCCUGCGGGACCCAACAUUUAGCAGGCGCCCAUUCUGUAUAGUUGUCACCCGCAUGUUGUAAUAGCUCCCUCUUACUGUGGAUUUUAUUGUACUCCCACUCUGUGGUAUCGAAGUCAGAUGUGACGGCACGCCUAGGUGCGGCUUCGGCCGGGCCGGCCCCACCAGUUGUUACUGAUUAAAAUCAUGGUCAUGUGUUUGUUGUGGACUAGAGGAAUGUAGAGUGAAACGCCUGGGUGCGAGAUCGGCUGUGCCAUCCAGCUGCGCCCUUUCCCACCCCCGGUCUUCCUGACUAUGUCUUGACACCAAAUCCAGGUGGGGGAGGAGGAGAAAGUGCGGUAGAUACUGUGCAAGUCUACUACCAAAAUAAAACUAACUCAUGCAAACGUCAUCGUUCCUGUUCCACCUUGCUGUGGAGCAAACGGUAGACGUCAUUGGACACGACAGUCGAACUAUCGUGUGUAACGACUUAAAACAGUGCGUCGCCUCACCACAAGGUCCGUUUUGAUUCGAGUAUUCGCAAGUCAAGGCGUCGUCUUGUCGGGCCUGCACGAUGCCAAGGAGAGUCCCGUCAUGGAUUUCGCUAAACUACGCCCAAUCGUCCACCUGUGUUUAGCCUGUCCUUUAUUUGCAUGAGCCUGGUGCAUAUGGUAGCUGGCGGUUCAUCUGCCUAGGCGAUUGUUCUAAAGGAGCUACCGGGGAUAGGGGAAUCAAGAGCACCUGUUUCCGCGUAGAUUGCGGGGAAGAUUUUAAAGGAAAACCCCGGUGGGUUUCCAAGAUCAUUCUCUGUCCUCUUCCGUGCAUCCUUCGAGGCCAGAUGUCUGCCAGCGGACUGACAAUCUACAUGUUUUACACCGCUGCAAAAGAGUGAUAGUCAGAUCUUCGUUAAAAAUUACUGUCCAGUCAGCCCCACCUCCACUUACUGUAUGAUUAUUGCGAAAAUAAUUGAGCAUAAAUUAAUGCAGCUCCUUGAAUUAAAUCAUCUUUAUUCCGAUUUUCAAAAUAAGUUCCGAAAAGGCAGGUCUUAUGUGACAAAUUUUCUCUGCUGCCUGGAACAGUGGAAUUGGGCUGUCGAUAGAGGACAUAUGGCGCAUGUCAUCCAUAUCGACUUUAAAAAGGCCUUCGACAGUGUGCCUCACCACCGCCUUCUAUACAAACGUAGCCGUGCAGGAGUGCGAGGUAAGCUUCUGGUGUGGAUUCGAAGCUUUUUACUCGGCCGCUCCCAAGCCGUCCACGUCAGUGACCAGCAAUUUGUCGAGCUUACCGUUAGGAGUGGUGUUUCCCAAGGCUUUCUUCUUGGCCCUACACUGUUCCUCGUAUACGUCAAUGACUGCGCUAACGAACUGGAUUGCGAUGUCGCAAUGUUUGCCAUAAAAAUCUGGAACACCAUACGAAAUAAAACUGACGGAGCGCGAUUGCAAACAAACCUAGACCGUCUCGAGCAAUGGUCGGGCGACUGACUUUUGCCGUUUAGCGUAAACAAGUGUGACUACCUACGGGUCGUUGGAACCAGUUCUCCAAACCUCAUGGUCUCCAGCCUGGCUGGCAUACAUUUAUAGGAGGUGGACGCCCAUAAGGACGUGAGUGUGUGGAUCACAGCCUCGCUCAAACCUUCGCUGGGCUGUUCAGAGAUAGGUGAUGCCCAUUCUUUACCUCGUCAAACGGGCGUUCUCUUUCUUUGAUAAGGACUGCUUCGCGACGGUCCUACGAAAUUUGUGCGGCAGCAUCUGCAGUUUGCUAUUCAAGGAUGAAGACCCUGGACCGCAAAAAGUAUCAGCGUACUCGGAAAACUUCAACUGUCGGCAGCCAAACUUGUAAAUAGACAAGACUCACUACCCUACAAAACUCGACUAGCUAAUCCUGAUCUCUUUCCUUUUGGUUGCAGGCAGUUACGUGGUAACCUAAUACAAGCUUUCUGCAUCCCGCGUAAUCAGGUUUGCUGCCUAGCAUCAGGAGACUUCUUCGAGCUGGCGACUACGACUAACCGAAGGGAUCGCCCACUCAAACUACGUGUGAAUGGUGUCAGGCUAGACACAUGGAAGGUCUUCUCCAACAGAGUGGUUGCCUGAUGGUGCUGUUAUGUCUGCAUCCGUAGAACCUAUCGAAAGAAAGCUGGAUCAACAUCGCACGGCGCACCACAAUUCCAUUCGACCGCUAUUGUCUUGAUACCUCAUAAGAACCCUUUAAUACUAUAAUGACACUGCUGCAAUCCUUCAAGUAACAUUUGUCUAUACAGUGUAUUAGCGUAUGAACCACGGCGAACGCCACUACUCUCAUUCACCAACAUGCUCACAGUCCACAAAUCUUCUUACUUUACCUUUAACUUAGGUGUGCCUCAAAUAUCUACUGUAUUAAUCGCCAAAGCGAGUGUAUACGCCUUCAAAUGCUGUUAUCAUAUAGAAUACUUUGUUCAUCUGUAUAUUUUUGAUAUUUUCCACAUAAUUCUUCCACAUGCAAGAAAUAGGGAUUUCAAAGGUACACACCUACCUUCCUUCAAAUAAACUGAACGGAAGUGAACUGCACUUUCAUAAGGUCCAGUUUGCGGGCGCAGCGUUCAAAUCUCUCGCAUGGUCGAAUGGUUUACGCUUCGCCUUUUUAUGUGCUGGGUUGGGGACCCGUGCAUACGGGGACAGUUAUAUUUCCAUCGCAUCGUACAUAUGAUAUUGUAUAGCGUAGCUCAAAUUAAUAUGCAUUCCGAGUCGGGCUGGUUUUACCAGCUGAAAAGUUCACGAGUAAAACUCGAAUUUUCCGAAGAAUCCCUUCCAUUUUUCGUAUUGCAUAAUAUUUAAACAUAGUCUUGCUUCUUCCCGCAUCAUUUAUUUCAUCUAUUAUAUAUUUACAACGUACAUAUGGACACGUCCAAUAUAGUUUACAUGGUAAAACGUCUGUAGUAAUAAGCAUGACAUACCAUGCAGAGCUCUCACACAGACAUCAUAUUCUAUAUUGGGUUGUCAUCUCCAGAUUAAUUGCCUUUUAUUUUUCGUCCUUCGAAAUAUCCAAUCAAAUAAAACCUAAUCGUCCAGUUUAGGCAGAUUGCCAUUAAAUGGGAGGCAGAAAGUAUCUAACUGAUAUACAAGGGUGGAGUUUUAACUAGUGCCACACGUUAUCAAACCUUCAAACUUAACCACAUUUCAUAUUGCCCCAACUGUGAAAAACUCAGCGCCUUCGUCGGAUUUGAACCAACGGCAGUAAGCGGAAGGCUUUAGUACAGCCAGCGCUCUAACCACUUGAGCUACCAGGCCCCGCCGGACGACGCGAGUUUAAUCACAUUUGGGUCAAGUCACCCGAUAACCGUCGAGUGGGAGGCAAUAAAUAUCUAACCGAUAUACAGGGGUGGAGUUCGAACUGCCGACAAGCAUUAUCAGGCCUUGAAAUUGAAAAAUAUUUCCUGCGAAAUAAUGGGAAUCAUUGUAGAUAGGAGUACACGGGCGAGUCCGAGGAAGAUGGGAUCACGCGUAGCUGCCGAAGGGCCACGUGCGUACUAUAAAAAGCAGCUCCCGUGAUUAAAGUUGGGGGUCGGAGGUGAGGCACUGAUGGCUCAUCGGUCCGCGCCCAAGUCGUUGAUUACCGCAAUUUCUUCAUCCGUUUUGGAUGUUGGCAGGAUUAUAACUCGACCAUUUGACUAGUUGCAACUGGGAUUGUUUAUCGUUCGCAUCCGAUCUAUCGCCCUCCUCACGUGACUGAAUCUCCAUGUCCUGGUAAUGUCUCAGCACCGAAUAUGCUGGAGGGGAGUCACUGCUAUUGUUGAUGGAUUGCUGGCCUGAAAACCAUUGCUCGAUCAGCUCGCGAAUCACGCAGUUGUCGCAUUUUGCGAGGAUUUCAGCUAUUUAAAACUUGAAGAUAUGUCCGGUCCUCGUGGAAUGAGUCGCCAUUUUGAAGCUUACCUUCCCACCGCUGCUGCGUGCUUCGCCAUGCGUGUCUAAGGUGUCUUUCCAAUUUCUCCGAAGCAACUGGUCUGUUCGGAUCCAGUAAAGGACUUCAGGCGUUUCCUGCUUUGGCAGCAGGUCUUUAGGCCUCAUGACCCGACGCCUGGUGUCUGCUUCCGGCCUGUGUGCAACUGCAAUUCCAAUUGGAGUGUGAGGGCGGCUGACGGCCUCAGAAACGUUCUUCAUACAGGAAAAUGCUCACCAAAAAUUUAAUACCGGUUGGAUUUGGUUUGUGGUAUCGUCUGCGUAUGCAGUGCUUGACAAAGUUGCGUGAGGAGCCAUUGGCUCUCAUUACCCAUCCAGGAUAUUGUUAUUCAGCAAGCACGUCUUACUUUUCACUGUAAUGCGUCACAACAAACCGGUAUAUAGCCCUUACGCAGCCCAGUCCGUGACUUAUCGGGUGACUACUGUUGAAGUUCCGUACUUUCGUCACAUAUGUCGUUUUCCUGGGCACUUUGGUUUUUAGGCAACCAUAAUCCUUGUGGCAAACGAGGACAGCUGAUUGCUUUCUUCCUCCUGCAUUGCAAAUUGAGUGUCCAGGAAGACGGCGUUGAGAUGUUCUUAAAUGUCAGCACCUGAUCCUGUUCGAUGACGACGAAGUUAUCAUCCACAUUCCGAGCCCAAACUUUCGGUCUGUGGUGUCGGAAAACCAGUGACUCCAGCCGUUUUAGACCGCCUCGAUUAAGAGCCCUAAAAUCGGCGCACCCAUUGGCGUGCCCCUCGCCUGUUUGCUGAUUGUUUCAUUAAACGUAAAGAACGUCUUAAUACAGAACCUCGGGGUUUGGACGAUAUGGGCUUGUCCUAGGCCAUUUUCCGUUUCUUCGCACUUUUCUCGUAGGAUUGGUUCGAUGGUCUCGACUGCCAAGUCCCGCGGAAGUCAAAAGAAACGGGACACCAAAGGAUACCAUGACGCCGCUUGAUUGGAGACUUAACGGUUUAAGUUUCCUCAAGAAUUGUGUUGGCAAGCUGAAUGUGGUUUUCGAAUCGGAGAUCAGAAACUACUCAUUUUGUAGACUGCAGCGCCUAUCUAUAUAUAUAAAAAUGGAAGGAUUUUUUUUCUGUGUUAUAUCUAAUCUCCGAAAGUACUGCACCGAUUGCGCUGAAAUUUGGAUACAACCCGACCCGCGCAUAGGGCCGGGUUUUUGGCUGGUCAGGUGUGUAAUUAUGCCGAUGGUAUGUCUGUGAUGGGUAAAAAACUGGAUUUUUUUCCGGCCUAACGACGUCACCUGCUGCGGCCACUUGACCUACAUCCGCGCGGACACAUGUGUGCCCAGACUGCGGCCACUUGACCGACAUUCGCUCAAACGCACGUUCUCCGCCCGACAGCCGCGCUCACCCCACCACCCACCCCCUGCAGACACUUGAGCAGGCCCUCCACCAUCUCUGGGCCGGUAGGCAAACCACCCACCCUGCAGCAAAAAAACACGCAGCACUUGGACGCCACUUGAACUUGCCCAACACUACCCACCUAAUUGGGCUGUCGCCGCUGCCUCGGGGAUUCUCGGGGGGUGAGGACUGGAUGCAGCUAACACCAGACCCCUUCCCCGCACAACCCACAUCAGGGGCCUGUCACCCAAUGUCAGCUCAGUACUGUGCAGCUCGGCUUGAGGAGGCCCGGUUGCGGUCACGGCUGCCGCGUUCUGCAGCUUCGGGCCUGCUUCGUUCACAACAGGUUGAACACAGCCAGCUGGAAGUGGCCGAAUGGCGUCAGCGAGGAACAGCAGACCAGCGUCAAACUCGACUCCGUGCUCAGCAUUCACGCAGCCUGAUGCUGUUGUAA